GAGAAAAAUGGCGCGUACUAAGCAGACUGCUCGUAAAUCGACGGGAGGCAAGGCUCCUCGCAAACAGUUGGCAACUAAGGCAGCACGUAAAAGUGCUCCAGCAACCGGUGGUGUGAAGAAACCUCAUCGCUAUCGUCCCGGUACAGUUGCACUGCGUGAAAUUCGUCGCUACCAGAAGAGCACAGAGUUGCUUAUCCGCAAGCUGCCGUUCCAGCGUUUAGUACGCGAAAUUGCUCAGGACUUCAAGACCGAUUUACGUUUCCAGAGUUCGGCUGUGAUGGCUCUGCAAGAAGCUAGCGAAGCCUACCUGGUUGGCCUAUUUGAAGACACGAACUUGUGUGCUAUCCAUGCUAAGCGUGUCACCAUCAUGCCCAAAGAUAUCCAACUGGCCAGACGCAUUCGUGGCGAACCAGUUGCCACAAUCGCCUCUCCCGUGACUGCCACACCAGCUGCAGCCGAGAAGAAGGUGGCCACCAAGAAGGCAGCAUCAGGAUUGAAGGCAAAGAGGACAACAGCUGGAGCAUCACACCCGCCAACUCAGCAAAUGGUAGAUGCUUCGAUAAAAAACUUGAAGGAGCGUGGUGGCUCAUCGCUUCUGGCAAUUAAGAAAUACAUUAGUGCCACCUACAAGUGCGAUGCCCAGAAACUAGCACCGUUCAUUAAGAAGUACUUGAGGACUGCAGUUGCAAGUGGAAAGCUGGUCCAAACAAAGGGCAAGGGUGCAUCUGGUUCGUUUAAACUGUCUGCAUCAGCCAAAAAAGAGCCGAAGCCAAAGGCUUCUCCUCUGGAGAAGAAAACCACAGCAGCAUCAGCAGCAGCAGCAGCUAAAAAGAAGAAAUCAGCUACAGUUGACAAGAAGAAGCCAUCAAAGGUAGCCACCGCCAGCAAAAAGAGCGCUGAGAAAUCGAAGGCAGAUAAGGCAAAAGCAAAAGCAAAGGCAAAGGCAGUAGCAAAGGAUGCUAAGAAAACGGGUGGAAAAGUAAAGGGAAAGGCAAAGUCGCGUUCCAACCGCGCUGGACUCCAGUUUCCCGUGGGUCGUAUUCACCGUCUUCUUCGCAAGGGCAACUACGCCGAGCGUGUUGGUGCCGGUGCUCCUGUGUACUUAGCUGCCGUUAUGGAAUACUUGGCCGCUGAAGUCUUGGAGUUGGCUGGCAAUGCUGCUCGUGAUAAUAAGAAAACUAGGAUUAUCCCUCGCCAUCUGCAAUUGGCCAUCCGCAACGAUGAAGAAAAGAGAAAAAUGGCGCGUACUAAGCAGACUGCUCGUAAAUCGACGGGAGGCAAGGCUCCUCGCAAACAGUUGGCAACUAAGGCAGCACGUAAAAGUGCUCCAGCAACCGGUGGUGUGAAGAAACCUCAUCGCUAUCGUCCCGGUACAGUUGCACUGCGUGAAAUUCGUCGCUACCAGAAGAGCACAGAGUUGCUUAUCCGCAAGCUGCCGUUCCAGCGUUUAGUACGCGAAAUUGCUCAGGACUUCAAGACCGAUUUACGUUUCCAGAGUUCGGCUGUGAUGGCUCUGCAAGAAGCUAGCGAAGCCUACCUGGUUGGCCUAUUUGAAGACACGAACUUGUGUGCUAUCCAUGCUAAGCGUGUCACCAUCAUGCCCAAAGAUAUCCAACUGGCCAGACGCAUUCGUGGCGAACGUGCUUAAAUUGUAAAUUGUAAAGCAUCAAUUGUAACCAAAUCGGUCCUUUUCA